GGUGGCGGUGGUGUAUAUGCUUGGGGCCCGCCGCCCAUGGCGCGCGCCCUCCCGUGGCGGGUGGCACGGGCGUGCACGGGCGCAGGGCGCGAGGAGCGGCCAGCCCGGAUGCCUUGGCGGGCGGCGCGCGCCCCCUGAGAUGUCCGAGGUGACGGAGCAGCUGCAGCAUCGCAUGCGUUUGCUCAUUAAUUCUUUUGGAGAGGCGAGGCCACAACGCGAGCUGGCUUGAGUACGCAUGCGUCGUCCUGCACAGGCUCCUGAAGAUGCUCGAGCCGCUCCUUCGGCGCCCUGCGAAGUCUCCUCACGCGGGCAAGACGGUGCUGGUGACGACGGGCCGCCAGGCCAAGACGCUUCACGGCGUCAGGGCCCUGAAGGAGAUCGGCUGCCGCGUCAUCGUGACGGACUACCAGGAGAUGGCGCCAGUGCCGUCUCCACUGCGUGUGACGGCACGGCCACUUUGGCACCGCUGGACCCACGAAGUGUGGGGUACUGGGUGGACCAUCUAGAGAGGAUCAUCCGCAGAGAGAACGUGGACCUGGUGCUGCCAAUGUCCACCAUCAACGAGGCCCUGUUUAUUGGCAUUGCAAAGGAUUGGCUUCAGAACCGGCUGCCCAACGUUCAGUUCGCCUGUGAGGGCCUCGAGAUGAUGACCCGGCUGGACAACAAGGCGCAAUUCGACCAAAUGUGCCGCGAGUGCGGCGUGCCGGUGCCCGAGGCUGGCGUAGCCACCAGCAGGGAGGACCUGGAGAAUGGCUCAGUACCAUUCGGCGAGAUGGACGUCAUCAUCAAGCGGAUCGAGUCGAGCAUCAACCGCGAGGAGGAGAUCAAGGUCGUCCGCAGGGGCGGGAAGGCGCCCGAGUCCGUCCAGCCCACGCCCUCGGACCCCUGGCAGUGGCAGCGCUUCAUCCGCGGCACGGAGUACUCGGCCUGGUUCGUGGCCGUGGACGGCAAGAUUACGUUCCAGGGCUGUUACCGCUCCGAGAGCGACCUCCUGUUCUUCGACGGCAUCCCCGUGCCCGAGGACGUGGAGAAGGCCAUCGCUGGCCUCAUCGCGAAGUACAGGCUCACCGGCCAGUACGCCUUCGACUACUUCCGCGAGGACUCGACGGGCAAGUUCUUCGUGAUCGAGUGCAACCCCCGCGCCUCCUCGGUGCUGGAGGGGGUCUCCGGCACUCCCGGCUGGGGCGCCAGCUUCUUCGGCGAUGACGUCCGGCCCGCCACGCAGUACCAGAAGGCGGGCUUCUGGUUCCACCGCAACUGCUGGCCCUUUGUGGCCGACCGCUCCGAGGGCUUCUGGUCCUGGCACGACCCCCUCCCGGUGCUCGUCGCGGAGCUCGCGUGGCCGCUGGAGCUGCUCCGCACCAAGGGCGCGCUCCGGGGAGGCCCGCUCCCCAGGUCCCCAAGCGGCAUCCCGAUCGAGGCCGGGACGCCGCUGACGGCGCAGCUGCCCGCGCUCUUCGAGGCCCUGGGCCUCAAUUACCACCACCUCGACGUCAACAUCGGCAAGGUCAUCGUGCCCGGGCCGACGGUGGGCCGCGACUACGCCUACUUCGAGGCGAUCGCGCGCGACUCGCGCGCCUCGUUCCUGCGGGCGCAGGUCCGGGAGCGGGGCUCCUGCCCCUCGGUGCUGUGCACCAGCCCGGAGGUGGCGCGCGCGCUGGUGGGUAUGGACGGCUGCGCACCCAAGGUCACGCGGCUGGUGCAGGAGAUCCCAUGGAGAUGAUGCAGGCGGCCCGGGAGACCCGCGACAUCCAGGAGAGCCUCGUGCUCGGGAGCCCCAGGUCCACGCUCCGCAACCUGGUGCAGCAGCAGAGGUCCUUCGACGCCAUCUUCCUCUCGGAGGAGCUGCUCGCGGAGGUCCCGCCGUCACUCGUGGUGCCUGGAGGGCGCAUCCUGACGCUGGAGACUUUGCCGUCAGCGGCGGGCAAGCUCUGAUGAUAACGGGGCCCUGCUCUUCCCCCCCCCUCGCUCCGUCAUCCCUGCUCCUCCUUCUUGUUGCCCCUCCUUCCUUCCUCCUCCCUCUUUCCUCCUCUCGUUUCUCUCCGCCCUCCUCCCUCCCUCCCUCCUCCUCCCUCCGCCCUCCUCUCUCCCUCCACCGCCUCCUCCCUCCUCCCUCCUCCUCCCUCCUCCUGCCUGGAGCCUGAGAGGUGGCUCCUCCGUGCCACGGCCGCAGGCGUGGCGACAGGGCGGGCCGGGCGUUUCGCGUGAGACUUGCU